UGCCUCCUCGGCAUAAAAGCCCAGGACCCGCCUGCCUUGCCUGCGGGGCUGCCGAGCCGAGGAGAGCGCUUUGUGCCCGAGAAAGAAAGGAAGGAAGGAAGAAAGGAAGGAACGAAGGAAGAAAGGAAGGGAGAGGAAGAGAGAGAGAGAGAGAGGCAGCCAAGCCGGAGCCAGGCGGCGCCGCGUGGUCUUCGCAGGCAGACAAAAGGCAGAAGCAGAAGCAGAAGCAGCUCACAGCUCCAUCUCCAUCUCCCUUCCCCUCCUCUCUCUCUAUCUCUCCUCCCUCCUUUCUUUGGGGUGUUGGUUCCUCCUCCUUUCUGCCCCCCAUCAUGACGGCCAACGGGACGACUUCGGAGUCGCUCCAGAUCCAGUUCGGCUUGAUCAACUGUGGCAACAAAUACCUGACGGCCGAGGCCUUUGGCUUCAAACUCAACGCUUCGGCACCCAGCCUGAAGAAGAAGCAGAUCUGGACGCUGGAGCCCAACGGCGGGAGCGAGGAUGCAGGUGCCGUCUUCCUGCGCAGCCACCUGGGCCGCUACCUGGCUGCCGACAAGGAUGGCCGGGUUACCUGUGACAGCGAGGCGCCCACGGCCGACUGCCGCUUCCUGCUGGUGGCCCACGAUGACGGGCGCUGGUCCCUCCAGUCCGAGCCGCACCGGCGCUUCUUCGGCGGCACCGAGGACCGCCUCUCCUGCUUUGCCCAGGUUGUCUCGCCCGCCGAGAAGUGGAGUGUCCACCUGGCCAUGCACCCUCAGGUCCACAUCUUCAGCCUGGCCCGCAAGCGCUACGCACACCUCAGCACCACCGGCGCCGGAGAGGAGGAGGUGGCCGUCAACCGCGACGUGCCCUGGGGAACCGACGCCCUGGUCACCCUCGUCUUCCAGGACCAACGCUACAGCAUCCAGACAGCUGACUACCGCUUCCUCCGCCAUGAUGGCAAGCUAGUGGCACGACCAGAACCAGGCACGGGCUACACAUUGGAGUUCCGCUCCGGCAAGGUGGCCUUCCGGGACUGCGAGGGCAAGUACCUCUCCCCCUCCGGGCCCAGCGGCACCCUCAAGGCCGGCAAGAGCACCAAAGUGGGAAAGGACGAGCUCUUCGUCUUGGAGCAGAGCUGCCCGCAGGUCGUCCUCCGUGCCGGCAACGAGAGGAACGUCUCCACCCGGCAAGGAAUGGACCUUUCAGCCAACCAGGAUGAAGAGAGUGAUCAAGAAACCUUCCAACUGGAAAUCAACAAAGAGACCAAGAAAUGCACCUUCAGGACUUAUACUGGGAAAUACUGGACACUCACCUCCAACGGCGGAGUGCAGUCCACUGCCUCAACUAACAGGAAUGCUAAUUGUUACUUCGACAUCGAGUGGUGUGACCGGCGUAUCACCCUGAAGGCCACCAAUGGCAAAUACGUCACGGCAAAGAAGAACGGGCAGCUUGCGGCCUCUGUCGAAACUCCCGGUGAGACGGAGUCCUUCCUCAUGAAGCUGAUUAACCGGCCAAUCAUUGUCCUUCGGGGAGAGCAUGGCUUCAUUGGCUGCCGGAAGGUGACCGGCACCCUGGAUUCGAACCGCUCCUCUUACGACGUCUUUCAACUGGAGUUCAAUGACGGAGCUUACAAUAUCAAAGAUUCCACUGGGAAAUACUGGAUGGUGGGCAACGAGUCCUCAAUCACCAGCAGCAGCGACACGCCGGUGGACUUCUUCUUUGAGUUCUGCGACUACAACAAGGUGGCCAUCAAAGUCAACGGCAAAUACCUGAAGGGCGACCACGCCGGCGUCCUCAAAGCCACCGCCGACUCCAUCGACCCCUCCACCCUCUGGGAGUAUUGAAUGCACUUUAGCCUCCUUCCCUCUGCUCUUUCGUGCUCUCUUCUUCUUCCUCCCUCCUCCUCCUCCUCCCCUUUCAGUUGCCAAUAUAUAUAUUUUUCGUUUGUGGGUUAUUUUUCAAUGUUCUGGCGUGUCUUUCCCUAAAAAAGGGGGGUGAUCUUUCAGAUUGGCCUGCUGCUUAUAUAUCGCUGUAUAAGUUUUUUGGGGGUGGGGUGGGGGUGUAGAGGGUUACUUCUUUUCGUUAUGUCAGCCUCUUUUUUAUUAUUAUUAUGAUGACAAAAACUGGAAAAUGUUAACUAACCUGCAGGAAAAAAGAACAAAAACAAAACCAAGGUGCACUCUUCUGCACAGACUAUUUUUUGGAGGGGAGCGUUGGAAACCUCCUGGCCUCUGUGCUGAUCCUCUGAGUUGAAAAGGGAAUAUAUAUCCCACUGUAUAAGUAGAAACCAGCCCUCUUGAUCGCUUGGCAGCCUCCUCGCAAGAGUGCCUAUCGAGCUCAGUUGUCGUUUGAGUCGCCGUCAUCAUACCCAACGGCUCGGCACAAUUAUCCUUCUACCAGUUUUCCAAAACUGGAUUUACCUUCUGCGGUUGGUUCGUUGGUGGUCACUUUUCUUGGGGUUUGAUCCCUACGUCGAGCUCCUUCCUUUCUCUAGCCAAAAGCAGGGAAGUAGAAACCAUCCCUCUUGAUCUCUUGGUGGUCUUCUCGCAAGAGUGCCUAUUGAGCUCAGUUGCCGUUUAAGUCGCCGUCAUCAUGCCCAACGGCUCGGCACAAUUAUUAUCCUCCUACCGGUUUACUGAAACUGGAUUUGCCUUCUGCGAUUGGU